AUGCUGUUUCUGCGCGCUGACCCGCUGCUCGGCAUCGUCUACGUUUUCCUGGUGCUCGUGCUGGCCGUCGUUUUCCCGGAGCCAAUGUACGAUGGUCCCGAAAACAUCACCUAUUUCCAGGGCGAAGGCCUCUUCCGCGAGCUCACCACAAACAAGAAGAACACCUGGAUCAUCAUGUUCUACACUACAUGGUCGCCCGACUGCCGCCACGUCAACCCGAUCUUCGCCGAGCUGUCGCAGCGCUUCGAGCUGGCCAACCUCAAGUUCGGUAAGCUGGACAUCGGGCGAUGGGCCGCCGAAGGGGAGCGCUUCCGCGUCAACGCCCAUCCAACCAGCCGGCAGCUGCCCACGAUUUGCGUGUUUGAAGAUGGAAAAGAGAUCCGGAGAAGACCGCUCGUCAACGACAAGCACCGCGCAAUCCCCUUCGUCUUCAACGUGGACAACUGCGUGCUCGAGUUCGACCUGAUCAAUCUCUACAACAAGUGCAAAGACACCACCAAGGGCAAGCAACCGGCCGCCAAAAAGAACGAG